AUGUUUCGAAAGGCAGUGCGAAGUGCAGUGCGUACGGCUCUGGUGCCGUUCGCUGAGCCGCCGCGCCGAGCAGGAUCCGAAGCAGAUUUGGCCUAUGCGGACCCUCGUCAAUAUGGUCCUCCUAUGCCACCUCCGGGUGCUCGGAUGCCCUACCAUAUGGGGCCACAUCCGAUGAUGUUUGCUCCACCACCGCCACCACCACCAGCUCACCUCUUUCGUGGACCAUUUCCUCCUCCUCCACCCCCGCACAUGAUGCCACCACCGAUGCGGCUACCGCCAGGUGUUCGAAUGCCUCCACCACCUCCACCCAUGUUUCCCAUGAUGCCCCCUCCAUUCGCACCCAGAGGCUACUUCAUGCCCCCACCACCUCCUCACUUCAUGAUGCCUCCCUAUCGUCCUUCAAGUCCAGGAGAAGGACCAAUAAUCACAGGACCAGAGUCCAUCUACGGAACGAUUCCUCGACGAAGUGCUUACGAGGAACCCGUCUAUAUGCCAGGAUCACAUGCUGGCCCUCCAGACUCCUCUUAUCAACCAGCAAAUUACCCCAGCGAUCAUUACGAGUCCUAUUAUGACACAUACAAGCGGAGGACUCUGAAGAAGGAUAGCAUGAGCUCUCGGCAAGACUCCUCAUCGGUCUGGGAACAGUAUGAAGCUGGUAUUUACAGAAAACCUCACCUGAACGAAAAAGCUUUUGGUGGAACUCUGAGCUCUCGGCAAGACUCCUCAUCGGUCUGGGAACAGUAUGAAGCUGGUAUUUACAGAAAACCUCAUCUGAACGAAAAGGCUUUUGGUGGAACUCUGAGGUUAGCUUUGACAAACAUUACAUUUUGAU